UUGACAUAUAGUCUAACAAAAUGUUUUGUUUGGGAAAUGGGAAUUGUAUCACAUUUUUACAAAAAGAAUUGGUACAAUAAUAUGAGUAAUUACUGAAAGAUAUAAGGUUCACCAUCAAUAAUUGUACCCAAAGUUGAACUCACCAUGUCUAGUAAUACAGAAGAUCAUGUGGAAUUAUUAGAAAAUGCGUCGGAAAUCAUGGACAAUUUAUCGAAAGAGUUGCAAGAGCUGUACUCAUACAGGGAUCUGUUUUUCGAAAAUCAUCCAUUAGAAAUGGCAUCUGAAAAGAAUAAGUGUGUUGAACAAAAAAAAGAAGUAUUAGUUCAAAAAUUUGAAAGUUUUGAUGUGGAUGUCCAAAUCCCAUUUGCGUUGCGAGCACAAUUCCUCUACAUGAAGGGCAGAUGCUACAACAUUAGUCAGACUUACGACUCUCGAGCGACGCAGUGUCUCAGCAAAGCUGUCAAACUGAACCCGCACUUGGUUGACGCGUGGAAUGAACUUGGAGAGUGUUAUCUUAAGAAUAUGAAUGUUAAGGAAGCUAAGGCCAGCUUUGAGGGAGCUCUUAAACACGAGCGAAAUCGCCUAUCACUCCGCUGCCUAUCCAUCAUUCUACGACAAGAGAGUGGUGAAUUAAAACGCAAUGAAAUUACACCAGCCAUUCUGAAAAGCGUAGACCUAGCCAAAGAAGCAGUAGCACAAGACAUCAAAGAUGGAAUAUCGUGGACGGUUUUGGGAAAUGCUUACUUAUGCCAGUAUUUCAUGAUAGCUCAAGACCCAGCUACGUUGAAGUUGUGUAUGAGUGCAUACAAGCAGGCCUGGGCAGAUCCUGUUGCAAAGGGACAGCCAGAUUUGUACUAUAACAAAGGGGUGGCCCUUAAGUAUUCGGAAUGCUACAGUGAGGCAAUAGAGAUGUUCUACCACGCGUGCCGCUUGGACCCCGGCUGGGCGCCGCCCAAACACGAGCGCUCAGAACUGACUCACUACUUAACUGAAGCUACCCGGCUGGUGCGCACGCGCGGGAAACUGAAGGCCAAACGACUCGCUACCAUGGUUCAAACCAUAGACAAGAAAAUGUUAGGCGAAUACGCAACGGAGUCCUACAACCUCGGGCCGCGUAAGGACGUGCUGCUGGAGCACGUGCGGAUCGACGCGCUGCGGGAGGGCAGUAAUGACAACAAAGUCAUCCUCGGGAGGGUCGUGGGUUCCAUACACAACGAGAACGCUGUCCCUUUUACGUUCGCGAUAAUAGACGAGAGCCUCGAGUGCGUGUGUGUGUCCGUGUACAACUGGGCGGAUGGUCGCGGCACCAUCAUAGGGGACGUGGUUGCCGUUCCGGAACCGCUGCUCACGUCACACGCUAUGGAUAGCGAGCUGGCUCAAUUCGAGUUCAAAUCGAUCCGCGUGAACAACCCCCUGGUUCUGUUGAUCAACGGUAAGCGCGUGAGCCGCAACCAGUUCGCGAGCACGCGCGUCACGAGCACGUACGAGAUACACUGACGGGGCACCGCGAGGCGCUACAGUCGGUUUUACUAGACCGCCCGUGCGUACGGGGCCGAAUCGACCCCAUGCUAUGUUGAUCCAGUUUAUUAUUAGUCAAAGUCAAAGUCGAAGUCAAAAUCAUUCAUUCAAAGUAGGUACUAUUGUACCUACUCUUUUGGUGGUCGGAAUUGUGUACGAUAUAGUGGUGAUAAUUAAUUACGAACUUAAAACGACGACGAGGGUUCCACACGCGCCCAAGUCUGAGAAGAUUUUCUUUAUUCAUGCUUGGUCCUACUCAGGCCGAUAUCUUAGCGCACCUUGUUUAGAAUCAAGACAGAGUUAAAACGAGACAGACAAUGUCUCUGCAUAAGUCUCUUUUUAAAUGUGUCUCAAAUCUGAGCAAAGUUAACAAACGCUUUUUAGAUAUCAGCCUUGGUUUUAUUCAUUUCAUAUUUUGUCGAAAGGACCAUCGCUACAAAUGUAAGUUUACUAGACAAUCAGUGCUAGUAGAUUAUUAUUAUAGAUCGAAUUGACUUCCUAGUAUUUAUCUUGUUAGUGGUUAGUUCAAAUCGAUCUGCGUGAACAACCUCCUCGUUCUGUUAAUAAACAAAUUUGGCUGAAAUGUAAAUAGUUUAUACCCUGACUUACAAUUAGGCUACAUUUUGUCCCGGAAAAUCAGAGUCUCCGCGGUAUUAAAGACCUACAUCCACGCGGAUGAAGUCGAAGGUAAAAACUAGUAAUUAAUUAAUCUACUUGAUCGCUGCGACUGGAGACUAUAUGUGUACUUCAAUCCUCUUCCGAAAAGUAACUAAGUCGUCGAUUGCUGAUGCUAAAAGCAUCAGUCUGCUCUGUGCCCUUACUCGUAGAUUUGUAAUUUUGAAUGUGUGUCAAUUAUGUAUGUUAUAAAAAGUUUUUUAUAUCAAAUGAAUUUGAUAACUGUAAACUAUCUUUUAGAGCUAAGUACCUAAUCAUAGUUAUUAUAGAAAUAUAUGUGUAAAACUCUGUAAAUCCUAACUCAGUCUUAAUGACGCUAAAAUUCGCACGUUAAAUUUUAUUAAUUAAUAUUUAUAUUGACGUAAUGUUAAAUUUAUUUUAUGCGUAGAUAGAUAUAAAUAAUUAUAGGUAUAAAACUAAUUUUUACGAUAGUGUUAUUUUAUUAGGUUAAUAAAUUGACAGUUUAUUUCAAUGGCACUAACGGUGCUUUACAUAUCUGCUAUUGCUCCAGUGGAAACGGUGCGUGCGCCAUGUCCAAAAGUUUAUUUCAGAAGCUUAGGCGCAACGCACACCGGCAGAAUCGGCGUCUUCCUUGAUAACGUGGCGAUCCCAGACGCUACGUCUAUUUGCGCUGCCUAUUUACUAUAGGGACUGUUAACACGUGCCAGCACACUACAGCUUUGCUCGUAAGCAAUAAGGCUGCCUUACAUGCUUAGUUUUUCUUUCUUUAUCUUUUUGGUCUAUAUUUUCCAUUAGUAGUCAAGAAAAAUUCGACAAUACAAACAUACAAACAUACAAAAUUUUAUGAAAACAUCCGGUUUAUUAGUUUCACAAUUCACACGAUAAAUUGCCAUCUUAAAAUCUUUCUAUUGUAGCAGUUGUAGAUGUGUGGAGCACAGUUUGUACAAAUUGUCAAUACCUACGCACUUAAUGAAUUAUAUUUAGGUCUGAUAAAAAAUUGUUGCAUAAGUAAAAGACUGAUACUGUGGUAAUGCGGAAUUGGUGCGGUUGUAUGUAAUGUGUGUACCCCUUAUUUUUCUGUAGGUAAAGCCCAAACAUAAACAUUUUUCAUAUUACAUUAUGAAAAAGAUGUAAAAUAAUUCCGUUUUAGUCAGAUUCAGUACCAAUGUCAAAGUACGUUCCUCAGACAGGCUUUUCGUGGCAAUAACUGUAAACGAUGCAUGUUUGUAUAAUAAUAAUUCACACUUUUAUAAUAAGAUCGAUAUCAAAGUAACACCUCAAAUGAAUGUGUCAAUGAUAAUUAAUUAUUCUAAUAAAAAUAAAAAUAUUUUAAGUACA